CUGAUCACUAGAGGGAGUGAAGAAUCGCUUCAGUUCAUUCAAACUGUGCUGUGAAACAAACCAUGAUCUCUUCAUCUUUAGUGCUGCUUCUGGCAGUGAUAUCCUGUAUUGAUUCAUAUGAACUCACUCAGCCUGAGUCUCUGACUGUCCGUCCUGAUGCCACUCUCACUAUCAACUGUAAAGUCUCCUAUUCAGUUACUGACUAUAGUACAGCCUGGAUUCGUCAGCCUGCAGGAAAAGCUCUGGAGUGGAUUGGAGUCAUCUGGCAUAGUGGAAGCUUAUACUACAAGGAUUCCCUGAAAAGCAAGUUCAGUAUCAGCAGAGACACUUCCAGUAACACAAUAACACUGCAAGGAAAGAAUAUGCAAGCUGAAGACACAGCUGUGUAUUAUUGUUUUGGCCCUUCAGUCAUGAUUGCACCUUGUGACCCUUCCAAUGCAAAUCAAAUCAACCCUGAACGUCUGUUUAGUAUUUAUGUGCUGCUGAUUGGAUCUGAAGUGUUACAUCACCACUUUCAAGAUGAAGAAUGCACUCUGCUUACUGCUGCUCUCAUUCAGCCUACAACUGGCGGCAGUGGCAAUGAUGGCAAUGACUCCUUCAAAGGUCGAACUGAAAUCACCAGAGAUAAUUCAAAGAGUAUGGUGUAUCUGAAACUAUCAGGCCUGACAGCAGAAGACUCAGCCGUGUAUUACUGUGCAAGAGACUCACAGUGA